UGCCUAGAAACCAGGCAGCUACGAAUUUCACUUCCUUUGUGGCUCUGUGCAACUCUCAGUCACAAGCAGUAAGAAGCAGGAGUGGUGAAACACUCAGCAUUUCAGGCGAUUUCUUGCUCCACGUCUUUAAGUUAUAUCUAUGGUCCUUUCUCCUGAAUGUUUGGACUCCUGAAGAUGCCCAGGAGAGGAGCUUUUCCCCUGUGGACACUCGUGGUGCUGCUGGGGCUGACGUUUGUCCCAUUGCAGCUGGCAGGCUGCCUCCUUGAUCCCUGUUUGGAGGUCAUCCCUAAUAUAACUUUCAGAUGCACGGGACUGAAUAUCUCUGGAGUUCCCACUCAAGUCCCAAAUACCACCCAGAACCUGGAUCUCAGUUUCAGCCACCUGAAAUCACUGAGCUCAAACUAUUUUUCCUCAGUCCAUGAACUGCAGCUUCUGGAUCUUACAAGGUGCCACAUCCAUACAAUUGAAGAUAACUCUUUUAAGGAUCUUUACAACCUUUCCACCUUAAUUCUAACCGCCAAUUACUUCAAGUACCUGGGGCCAGCAGCCUUCUAUGGCCUAACCUCUCUGCGAAGACUUGUGUUGGUGGAAAAUAACAUAUCCUCUCUGACUGACCUGCCCAUUGGACACUUGCAUACCCUGCAGGAGCUGAACGUGGGCCACAAUAACAUUGCUUCAUUGAAGCUUCCCAAGUAUUUUGCCAGUCUGACCUCUCUCAGGCACCUGAGCUUGCUCUCCAAUAAGAUCACAUAUAUCUCCAGAGGAGACCUUGAUGCCCUGAGGGAAGCAAACAGGUUCAACCUCACACUCGUGCUUUCUUUGAAUGAUAUAAAGUACAUCCAGCCAGGGUCCUUUGCAAAGAUUCACCUUGGUGAGCUGGCUUUAAGGUCCUCUUUUGAGAACUUCAAUGUGAUGCAUACUAGCCUUCAAGGUCUGACUGGUUUACAGGUCAACAGACUAAUAGUUGGAGAAUUCAGUGACCGUCAGAGACUGAAGGACUUUCAGAGCGGACUCUUGAGCGGACUGUGCCAGGUACAGAUGCAGGAGUUUGUCUUGAUCUGUUUCAGGGCAUUUGAAGAUAACACAGACACUCUUUUUGACUGCAUAGGCAAUGUCUCCAGUAUUCGGUUGGUGGAUCUCCAACUAGAAGAGGUGUCAAAGGUUCCUAUGUUGUCUCAAGUCAAACACCUGGAGUGCAAGAAAUGCAAGUUUAGGGAAGUGCCUGCCAUGAAGCUGUCUCUUUUUAAGGAGCUUAGGGUGCUUCGUAUUACAAAGAGCAAAUACCUCAAUAGCUUCCGGCAGAACUUUGAGCAUCUAACUAACCUGGAGGUCGUGGAUUUGAGUGAGAAUCGGCUCUCCUUCACCGGAUGCUGUUCCCGUCUUUUUCUUGGGUCUCCAAAUUUGAAAUACUUGAACCUAAGCUUCAAUUCUGACAUCAGCGUCACUGGAGACUUCACUAACGUGAAGAAUUUGUUAACCUUGGACUUUCAGCAUACAAAGUUAAUUGGUCCUGGUUCCUACCCUGUCUUUCUCUCCCUUCAGAAACUCAUUUACCUUGAUAUUUCCUAUACCAAAACUCAUGUUAAAUCCCAGUGUACAUUUUGUGGCUUACACUCCUUACAAGUGCUUAAGAUGGCAGGCAACUCCUUUGAGGACAACAAACUGGCCAACAACUUAAAAAACCUAACUCGCCUCCACACCUUGGAUAUUUCAAGUUGCAAAUUGCUACAGGUGGAUCAAAGUACAUUUUCUGCUCUCUCUGAACUAAAAGAGCUAAACAUCAGCAACAAUAAGCUGCUGAGCUUUGAUCCUUUAGUCUACAAGCCUCUCCAAGCCCUCACAGUCCUGGAUUUCAGCCACAACCAGCUGACUGUCCUGUUGGAUUCAGCCCUGGAAAGUGUGCCUGAUAGUCUGGUCUCGUUAGACCUCUCUCACAACCUGUUUGAUUGUUCUUGCACAUACCUGAACUUUCUGAAAUGGGUCAAGGAAAAGCAGGAGAUACUGCAGAGCAAGGAGCUGAUGGUGUGCCACAUCCCUGCAUAUGUGAAGAAUGUGAGUCUGUCUAGCUUCGAUCUGUCCUCCUGCCAGCUCAAAACAAGCACAAUGGCAUUCUCAGUGAGUGUGUUGCUCGCUGCAGCUGUGUCCCUAUUCCUGAUUUACAAGUACUACUUCCAGCUAUACUACUCAUUGGUGCUGCUCAGUGGGUGUAAGCACUCUGCUGAAAGGGGGGACACCUAUGAUGCAUUUGUUAUCCACUCCAGCAAAGACCAAGAAUGGGUGAUAAAAGAGCUGGUGGAGCCCUUAGAAGGAGGAAAACCUCCCUUCCAGCUUUGUCUUUACUACAGGGAUUUCUUACCAGGGGUACCCAUUGUCACCAACAUCAUCCAAGAAGGUUUCUUAAGUAGCAGAAAUGUCAUUGCAGUCAUUUCUACUGACUUUCUGGAGAGCAAGUGGUGUAGCUUUGAGUUUGACAUUGCCCAGUCCUGGCAGCUUGUUGAAGGGAGGGCUGGAAUCAUCAUGAUUGUACUGGAAGAUGUGGAUAAGGCCUUGCUGAGGCAGAAGCUGGGGCUAUCCCGAUACCUGAGGAGGAAUACCUAUUUGGAGUGGAAAAACAGGGAAAUAAGCAGGCAUAUCUUCUGGAGGCAGCUGACAGGAGCCUUACUAGUAGGCAAAAAAAUGAAUCAUGAGGAGGUAAAGCUCAUGUAAGGACAAAGUGACAUCACUUUUGUCCUGUCUCCUAUUCCUCCCAGCCUUCGUGGCCUUGGCUGAUGGCUGGUGCUCGGAGUUCUUCAGUGGUUGUUCAGAGGUGGAGCUGGAGGAAGUGGAUGAAGGCACUGUAAAAGCAUUACAGAAACAUCUGCCUUGCUGUUUGCCCUUCCUCAAAGGAGCUUGCAAGCUAAGGAGUCAAUGCAGCUAAAAAAGCUGUGCAUGUGGAAGCCAGCCUGAGCUCCAUCUUUGUGUGGAACUGCCUCAACGGAAGGUGGUCUAGCAAUCCACGCAGGUCUGGUGGGUCAGUGAAUAGGUGUGAAAAUGGAUGGACUGCUCCCUUACUCUGUUAUCUGCCUCUGAAACUUAGUUUAGAUCCUGGGACCAUUUACUCAGUGGAGCUUGAUGUGUUGCUUUGGAGCUUGGAGCUCGAAAAUGGAGCUUGUUGUGUUGCUUUAAGUGGACCCCAGGAUCUCCCAGGGAAAGAGAAGGUAUAGGAUUCUUGGCUCUAAAAAUGGUGGGAAACAAAAACAGGAUUUGGAUCCUGAAAGUCUUGGGCCAGUCUCUUCAGGAAUCAUGACUCGGGGAAAACCCUACAGGGGAAAAUCAGUUGCCAUACAGCCACAAACCAUCUGGCAGCUACUCAGUGAAGCUGAGCAGUUAUAUCAUCAAUGUGUGUGGAGGUUGUGGUUGGUAGUAAAUUUCCCCAAAAUGUUUAUUUCAGUUUGAUUUAGACCAAGACCAAAUAUUGAAACCCCCAAAUAUUUCCCUGACUGGGAACUUUUAUUUAUAUCUAGAUCAUGUAGCACCUGGGGGAGUGGUUUGAAAUCUUCUGGUGGAAUCAAAAAAAUAGUGGUACCAGAAGAAGCUGCAGAAAUGCUCAGCACCUCUAAGAUGAAGCUAUUUCUUUGCUUCAGCUGCUCCUCCUCUUCACAUGUGUCUGGUGUACUGUGUGGAACUGCCUUAUAUGAGCAAGGUUGAAUCUGGGCAGGGUGUUUUGACAUUUAUAGCCAGCCAGCUCUAGCAUAAGCUUUUUCACUGUGUGGGCCAGCCUUGAUAUAUGGGUCAGCUCACUAUGGCAAGGUGCUUACAGGAGCCUCCAGCCCAUGGGAUGAAAUGGGCUUUAUAUUAUUCUCUCGCCCAUCACCCUGUGUCAGCCUCUGGUUCUGGUGAACAUCGGAAUGUGGGCGGUCAGCGUUUCCCGGGAUUCAGCUGUUAGAUUAAACAGGUCAGUCUCUGGGCAGGCGAGUUUUGUUUUUGUUUGACCAAGAAUGUGUUCAACAUUUUACAGCAAAGAGAGAAAGAGGAGAACAGUUUGCAUUAGCUAAAGUAAGCAUAUCCCAGCACUGCCCUGAAUAAAGACAGGGCAAGUCUAAAUGGCAUUAGACUGUGUUACAGAGAACUCCAGUGAUGUCUCCAAUAUUGAAUUCUGCUGGGGUAUUGCUCUCUAUUUACGAAGACUUUGGUUCACUGAAUUACUCUAGUUUUAAACUUGCAAAUUCUUCUAUAAUCAAUGAUGUUCUACAGAUGUAAAAUAGAAGCAAUUGAGUGGUGAAUCAGAUCUCAUAUUUAUUCAGAAGAAAGGGCCUGAUCCAUCUCAUUCCUCUAAGCACCAGUUAGCAAUACCCCAUGGAAGCCAGUGCUAAGCGAGAUCAACAUUAGAUACGAUUUGCAAAAGAGGGAGGACUAGUUUCAGGGCUUGGGCUGGCAAAAGCAGAAUCACAAUUCCCUCUCUACAUGCUGUGUCAGUAUUAUAUGAGGACAGAACUACCAAAAACCCUACAAUCCUCUCUAAGGUCUUUCAUUUCAGGAAAAGUCCAUGUAACAAAGCUUUAAUAAAACUAAGCUCAAUGCUGUAUUUGCUUGUCCAGCCAGUUUGUCCUGCAUUGGCCGAGUAUUGUUGCAGUAAUUUCCAAAGUGCUGUGUUCCUUGCCUCUGCCAUGAUUGACAGGCCUUAAGCACUGCAUCUUGCCAAACCAACCUGCCUCCUCACCCAGGGGUAGAGGCCACAGGGAGCCAGGGAAGGGGGUGCCACACUGGGAGGAGACGGAGACGCAGUAAACAAGGGCACAGCUCAAGGUUCCUCGGUUUGAGGCUAAAGGAGAGCACAGAGGACAAAGCAAAUAUUAGCCUGGAUUUCAUCAGCUACAAGUUAAAUUGGAAAAUGAAAGAGGAAAAAUUAAAUGGGGUGGGAGUCACUGCUCCUGAAUUUAACAGCAGUGAAGUGGCAUUUCUCUUUCACUCUUUCUUUCUGUGGUUCCUCUACAAACAAUUCAGUGUAUUUCUGGCACAAAUCACAGCAUCCUAUAAUUCUUGAUUAUAAUAAUGGGUUUCAGAAAGCCUGAAAGUGGUUCUGGCCAUUAAAAUAAGAGUUUAGGACAGCGUUGUUUAAAAAGUGAGUGUUUGUUGAAUAUCAAAGCAACUUAGGAAGAGAACUGGGGUGAUGCUGAAACGAGAUUGCCACCUGUACCAUUUAAACAGAAACCAGUCACUUGUCAUCCUCUUCAAACACACUCCGUCUCCCCUGCAGAGACAGAUGUUUGAGUUGCCCCAGGCUUUCUCACUGCACAAGCACAGAAAGCAAGCACAAAAGUCCUCAUAGCUUCCGGAAGGGGUGAGAGGGCAGAGACGGUCUGGUAAGACAGGUUGGAGGCUGAGGCGUUCAGAGGACACGAGGGCAGCACAAGGGAGUUUGGAAGAGGUUCAUCCUCUGCAAGCCCCACAGUCUGUCAUUCCUGGUUCCCUAGUUGGCUGCAUUUAUACAUUUCACCUGCAUGUCACUUGGCUUCAAUAAUAGUUUGUGAUUUGAAGACACAAGCUAAUUUUUCUUAUUGCCAAGACCUUAGGCAAGAGAACCAGGCAUUUUAGCCACUGCUUUACUGUCUAGAGCAAUACUGGUCAGAGGGGGAAGAGGAUUUGCUAUGAGACAUAGUGAGCUUCAGGGAGACAGUCUGGCUGGUGACAUGAACAUCCCUGAAGGGCCCCAGGCAGCAGGCCCUGUGGUGCACUGUAAAUGCCCUUCUGUGCAGCUGCAGGCACGGCUGGGCGAGCUGCUCCAGCCCUCCUGGGGCUUUUGGCCUCCCUCUGUAGGGGCUUGGCCGUGUUUGGAAAUCAGAUGCACAACAGGGAGGGGAUAUACAGCCCCACACUUCCCAAAUCCUCCUGUCAGAGCUGCUCUAAAGGUCCUCGUUAAAGACGGUGGGGCAGAUCCUUCGCUGUGGCAGCGGAUCACUCCCUCCUCUGAGGCGUGGGCCCAUGAUGCUUCCGUCACUAGGAUUUCAAAUACUGCCAGGCUGCUUGGCAGUAAGAGCACAACUGCAGUCUCCCCCUUGCUGUACUUCUUCCUCCAGGCCAGUAGCACUGCUUUCACUUAUCACCAGACCUUGAGUACUACGUAAAUAACAAUGGGGUAUUGUUAGGCAAAAGAGAUUUAAUUGGAGCCUGCACUCUCACAGUGGGUGAGAUGGGUCUCUCUUCAAAUCUAAUCUGCUGUCUUUAUCUUUCAUCUCCUUUUCUCUCUCUUUCAUCCUUCCCCUUUCCUCAAAGUUUGUCUAUAUUGUCUUCCAGCUCCUGGCCAGCAGUGAGUGACCAACCCAUCCUAAAAUGUGAGAAAGAAGGGAGGGAGGGAAGGAUGUCCUUCUUUUAACAUUUUUUAAACAGUCUUUAAAUCCUUUGGAGUGUCUGGGCCUGAAAGAAGGAUUAGCAGUAAUUCCCCUGCCAUCGCUUGCUUCCGACUAGCUGACAAUUCAUUCUUUUGAGAUCCCCUAAACUCACUGCUGAAUACAUUAGCAAGAGGACAGGGGAGCAGGCUGGAUGAGGUUGUUAUGAGCGCUUGGGUCCCCCUCCCCAAACGGCCUGGCUGUUUGGUUUAACGUAACCACCAAAGGCCCCCGGAUGAGCAUUUCUUCUCUUACUAACCUGAAACCAAACCAAGCUUGCCAAUGUGGCAGCCCUGCAGCGAUUUAACUCCUGUGGCCAUGGGUUUGGGAAAGCAGUGCCCCAGGAACCACUCUUCUUUCUUCUCUAAUGGGUUGCUGGGUUGGCAGGGAGCUGGUGGCACCGGCAGGAACGGAGGGAGCUCUGGAGACAGGAAGGCUGGAAGGAGGCUCCGCAAGCCGAAGGUCUGCCUCUCAGCCCGUGCGGUGUCUCCGCGACCUCAGUCCUGCCACUGACUUGCCACCUCCUCAGCUUCUCCUCUGUCAAGGGGGGGCCCUGCCCCCCGGUGCUGCCAGGGCGCAGUCCCCCUGCUCUCUUUUCAGGGCAUUGCAGCCUGCUGGGAGGGCAUGCUGUGAGCCCUGCCUGCUUGGACGCUGCUGAACACCCUCAGAUGAGCAAUGCUGUCUGUUUUCUCCUUCCCCUGCCUUGUUUUCUCUGUUUGUAAAAUAGGGAUCACAGUUUGCACAUUGUGAAUUACUGAAGUAAAGCAUUAAGAGCUAGGUGGAGUCUUGACCAGAGCCCUCGAAAGCAGCGCUUUCUGUUCCUGACCUCCAUUUUCCCUGCCUUGGGGUUUCUGAACUCCUCUACAGCUCUCUCCCAGGUACGGGUUAAUACCAGUCUUGCUUGCAGUCAGGUAAAUCUUGCUUUCUUUAAGAGAAAUAUCUGCACUGACAGGGGAAGAAAAAAGAGCAGGAUUUGGCCCCCAGAACCCUCCGUACAAUUGCACCAUCCUAGAAAAAUGCUCCCUGCAAAGGUAUUUCUUUCUGGCAUCCCUUUGCUGACACCCUAAGUAUUAAAAUAAACUGCUGAUAAGGGAACCCGCAGUCCUCCCCCUCUCUGCUCCUCCUGAGACUAUGGCCCAUGGCUGUCUGGCCUGCCCAGGCUCAGCAAAUUUCACUUCCCCUGCAGCUGGUCCUCUUGAGCAGGUCCUAUUUCCCCGCUGCAGCACAGCUGCCAGCCCGCAGCUGGGCCAGCCCUGCUUUACGCUCCGCUUGUUUCACACCUACCUCCCCUGGGCAAAAGGAGGUAGCUGAGGGCAGUUGGGCCACAGGACUUGCCCUUCUGCCUCAGACAGAAACUAAGCUGUGUUAUUUAGACCCUCCAAAGGAUAUAAAAGGUGCCUGAUGCCUAACAAGGGCCAAGGGCAGGAGACUGACCCCCUGCCGUAACCGGAGCAGAGGUCUGGUGGGAACCUGCAGUGCAGAGGGAAGGACUGGAUGUGCCAUCCUGUCUCUUCCUCUUUUCUCUUUCAUCGGCCAUGUCACAGCUCUGUCAGAGGCAUUUUAGCACUGGGCUGAAACUCCCUUCACGGGUCUGCCCCAUGACCCUGUUUCUUCCCAGUUCCCUGUUUUCUCCGUCCUUGCCUGCUCCCUCGCCAGCCCUUGCUGAGCCCAGCAACCUGGCUCCCUCCCUUGCCCUGUGCGAAGGUUUGGGCCUGGGUGGGAGAGUGAAGGAGGACAGGAAGCUGAAACAGGAGGUUGAGCCAAACCUGGGGACCAGAUUUCCCCGUCUGAUAGCUGCUUCUCUCGGAAAAAGGGAAUAUUUUAUAAAGAGCCUCAUGAAAGUAAAGCGUAUCAUGAUUCCAGGGCAAGGAGACGGCGAGCAAGAUAGGAGCAUCCCCUUAGAUUUGCCUGCCGGAGGUUAUUUACCUCAGGAAGCUGCUGAAUAAAAGAUACAAAAAUGCAGCAAAAAGUAGUAUUAUUUGCUUCUUUCAAAGCAUGAUGGGAGGCAGAAAAAUAUUGUAAGGGGUGUCUUUGAGUCUUGGCAGCCUGGAUUUGUCAGGGCAGAGUUUUCAUGGAGUGCUCUCUGGGUGACCCAGUUUCUGAUAAACACACACACACACAUUCAUGCACACACACUGCAAGCCGCAAUCCACAACUUUAAUAACUCUGUGACAUACAAAGGAGAUUUUGAUGCAAAGUGGAGCUGACAGAGAAGUGGAAGGAAGUAUCUGCUUUUUCUUUUUUUUUUUCAGUGCCACACCAGGAUUACUGUCAAGGUGGUUUCAACCUUCAGCAAGGACUGAUGUUAUUGUAGGUUCUGCUUUUAAUGACAUUUAACAAGAUUUGGUAGCUUGGGGGGAGGGGAAACAAGGAUUUUCUUUUCUUUCCAGGGAGAAUUCACUAGGGCUGUCAGGAUUAAAUGCAUGAGGUGAAUGCAUAUGGGGCUGCAAGGGGGGCUUAAUAGAUUUGCUACUGGUAACCACAGAACAGCUCUGAGACAGUAUUUUCCAGCCCUGUCAUGCGUCUGAUGAAACAUCUGUGUAUGCUGAGGCAUAUCUUUGAGGGUAUGUCAUAGCAACAUGGUCACACUGGGGUGACUUUGCUGUCAGCUUUGGUUUUCUGGCUGUGAGUAAGGUGGGGGCGACAUGAGGAUGUGAGUAAAAUCAUGUAGUGGUAGAUUGUGUUCAUUUCUGAAAACUUCCAUUCAAAGACAAUGUGGUGGCUGCUGCAGUCCAGGUGACGAAUGUCACUUCUAUCACCAUGAUCUCAUCAACCUUUUCUAUGAGAUCCUGCAGUGAGCAGGCACAUAUUAGCCCAGGCAGAUUUGCCAGGAUCUGAGGGCAGGUGCUGGCUAGAGGGAUGCUCCACGCUAUGUACCCAGCUAGGCAGGCCGUGGUUGACCUGGAAUGGGUCCAGGCAGCCACAAAUGCUCACAGCCUUCCCUAGACCAUGCUGGGCUGUUGGCUGGAGCACAAGCACCCUUCCGCCCAGGCUGAUUCCAGCUAUCUUCUUCCGUGUCUUCAAAGCAAAAUAUAGAGAAUAGCUGCCUUAAUAUUGCAGCAAAAGGCUAAAAAUGAGCAAUUCUCAUAAAGUAUGGGGGAUAGGAAGGGACUCAGCAUCAGAGAAUGACCAAGAAGCAAAACAAUCAAAGAUGACUGCAGUGGGGGUCUUGGCCAGAAAUGCAUCCCUUCUUGUGCUCCCCCAGGAUUCACUGGCAGCAGGUAGAGUCUUGGAAUGGUCUUCUGGCUUGGGCCUCCAUUUAGAAAACAUUCACUUACCAAAAAUGAGCUAGUGAUGCCUGGUGCUCCUCCAGGACAUUGUAUGUAGCUAGAUUCAAACUUCUGAGAACCGGGCAAUAGAGAAGUAGGGAAGAAAGCACUAUUGCAAGGCAACCAUAGCCUUGCCCAUAUAAGCUGGCAGAAGCCAGUGAGCACAGUUCAGUAGGGAUGGUGCGGAAAAAAAGAAGGAGAAGGUGCUAUUGUUUGUGCUGUGUUGUGGAGAUACAAUUCCCACAUUUAUUUCAGUCGUGUGAACUUUAGCAGAUGGUGGACAUAUUCACUGGACUAGAAGGGAAACCUUGUCAGAAAUCCCCCCAUGACUUGGAACUCCCAGUCUGCUCCAUUUUAAGAGCUCCAGAUGCUGAGACUCUGGCAGGGAUCUUUUCCUCCUGGACAUUGUUCCUUUUGUGAAGGGACUUGGCAGAAGGCACACAGCCCUCUUCGAGGGAACAGCUGAUGACACCUCAGUGAGGUAGCCAGCUGGAGAAAAUAAGAAAAAAAGUCACAUGCCGUGAUCAGAGUGAGUGCAGAACCACAUAAGUGAGCGUGUUAUACAUGGUGUGAAGUGUGCGCAUAGAGGAAAUGCAGUCUUGAGCGUCUAUUCUCAUUUCUCUGCCCAGCUCCUGUUUGGAUAGGCCCCUCUCCUGCACCUGCCACCCACAUGGGAAGAGGCAGUGGAAAGCUCAUUGCUUGCUGUUGUUGGCAGAGCUCAGAGCAGAUUUGCUGGGCUAUGAAACGGAUUGCUUUCCUCUGGCUUAGUGGGAGGGACUGGUGACAGUUGCGUGCUUCAUUGCUGCUCUUCGCAUCUGAUGUCCAAACAUAGCGCAGGAAAAUGACAGCAAUAUGUGUACCCCUGACACCCAGAGAAUAUAACUAUAUUGCUGUGAAAAUGAAGCUGCUGCUGCACAGCUAAACUUUGAACCUUUCCCUCUGCAAAGGAGCUAUGAUUAGAAUCUCAUCUCGCUCUAUAUUACACAGCACCUGGAGAAGAAAAUCCCACCCAGCAGCAUGUAACUAUUUUUAAAGGUCUUUUUCUGUUGGGUUGGGAGAUGGGGUGGGUGAGAACCCUGCUGGCGUCAUGGAUUUCUUGAAAAUCCCUUGGAGGAUAUUUCAUUGCCUGUAUUUUAGAAGAAGAUGGAGCUAGACUUGGGGAAAGUGGCUCAGAAAAGGAAGAAACAAAAUCAUUUUGCCAAGUCUGAAACUUAUUGUAGUUCUUCGCCUGGAAAGCUAAAUUUGAACAACUUCUGCAUCUGAUACAUUUUUCUAGGUUUGUUAUACUCAAGUCAGCGAGAUCUAUCCCACUGUCAGAAACUUGCAGCGUGAGACUUGUGUUAGGCCAUGUGCCCUGGCUGCACGUCGCGACACAUGAGUGGGGUGCAGGGGCCCAGGCCGUGGGAAGGGUGUGCAGUGAGCGUGGCCCAGUGAUGCCCUGCUCUCCUGUUCAGGGCUCUGCACUGGGAUGGUUGUAUGUGGCUCACGGACAUGCCAGAAGAAGAGAUGGGAGAAAACAACUGCAAGUGGGCAGGAAAGGCUAUGGGCCUGAAAGAGUCAUGUCCCUGGAUGUGAGACACGAUGAUCUGCGAAUUUUGGAUACUGGUAUCAAAAAUGGUACCAGACAUUUUGAAGGUGAAUAAAUCCACCAACAAGUCCCGUAAUAUGUGGCAGUGGAGAGAGAGGAUAUGUGCGGAUGGUCAGAAUCCAAGCCCCACUUUCCACUUGAUAUUCUGCUCAUGAAUAGAGUUUUACACUGUUCAAAUAUAAUUCGCACUCCCUCUCCGAAUGGAACCAGAGAAGUGUAUUACAUUUAUCUUAAUAAAACGAGUCGUUUUGCAAGCAGUAGAACACAGAAAGCCUGGUUUCCUGUGGCUGUCUCCCAUGUGGGAUCUCUGGUGUCUGAUAGAGUGGCUGAGCUCGUAUCACAGCCUGGAAGUGGGAUGGAAAGUGGAAGAAUGAUGGGAGGAAGUGCUAGUUUGAGUAUCUUCUUCCUUAUAAAGCUUGCUAGAACUUAAUUCCUCUGAGACCUCUAUUCUUCCAUCAAAUCUGAUUGCAGGCCAGCAGGUUUAGAAAGCUAUUAUGCAGUGCCUCUGGGCCAGCUAGCACAAUCACAUAAGCCUUGUUUUCUUGGGAAACUGGAUUAAAAAAAAUAAACAGAGCUGACCUGGAAUCUUUGCAAAUGAUUUGUCAUUGGAUCCCACAGACUUUGACCCACAUACCUGUGCUUUUCAUGGCUGACAUUUAUAACCAGGGCUCUGUAGCCGUGAUGGAGAUUAGCAUUAACCUGAGAACAGGUCCCACUUAGUAUGUGCCAUUGACCAUACAGUUUGCAGAUUGAGUGUGCAGCAUUAAAUAGAUGUACCAUGCCACAAAAUCACUUCCCCCUUGGUAUAAUACAGGCCAAGAGAAAAAAGUUCCAUUUCUGUAUAGAAGGACUAUUUUAAAAAUUGAACAGUAAGUUAGUCCUCUAUUGACUUUCAAUUUCCAUCCUCUUACAUUUCCAUAGCAACUCUGGCCAUUUAUGCAUUUAUCUUUGCAUUUAACUUUCUUCUUUGAUAUCAUUUCAAGUGGACUCAAGUGGUGUGAAAGAGUUAAAUCAGCCUCUUAAAAAUCUCCUCCUUUUUUAAGCAAUUACUUGAAAAUACAUACAUAU